AUGUCCGAAGUUCAAAGCCGUUCUGCACGAGGCAGAGUAUCCGCUCGCGGUGGUCGCGGCGGUUUCAGCUCCAGAGGUGGUCGUGGUGGAAGCAGCAGAUCCGCAAAUGCCGACAACUCAGACUUUUCGUCCUUUGAGGAGGGCGAAAUUGGAGAAAUGAAGAAGAAAUACUCGGACACCUUGCCCACUCUUAAGGAAUUGUUCCCCGACUGGAAAGACGAAGACCUCGUUUUUGCUCUCGAGGACUCCAACGGCGAGCUCGAGGAGGCAAUUGAGCGCAUUACCGAAGGCAAUGUAUCGCAGUGGGGAGAGGUCAAGAAAAAGACGGCCGCAGACCGGACUAAGCCCAAGGCUAAGGAGGUUCAGAGCACCCCGACCGAGUCGAUUGCAGCUUCCGCUCGAGGUGGCCGCGGUCGUGGUGGUUUCGAGGGUCGUGGACGUUCCCGCGGAGACCGGGGUCGUGGCGGUCGCGGCGGCCGCGCUGUAACUCAUACGAAUGGAACCCGUGCAGCAACUGGUACUACAGAGACCCCGAUGACUGUCACAGCGACCGAGCCUAUCACAACUAAGGCGGCAGUUGAAGUUGAAGGCGUACCCGCAGCUGGAGGCGAGUCGGAGUCGGCCGAGCCUAAGACCAGUGUGAUCCCCGAGGGCACAAAGAAGGGAUGGGCAAGUCUCUUCGCGGCACCCCCGCCGCCUCCUCCCCAGAAGAAGCCACCCCAGGCGGCUCCUGCACCUACGUCUCAGAAGCCAGCCGAGCCCUCGACCGAGCAGAAGGCCCCCGUCCCCGUCCCCGUCCCCGCCCCCGCCGCCACCCAGAAGACUCCCGUUGCGAAACCUACCGAACCUGCUGUCCCUGUUAUCCCUCAAACUACUGCUAAGCCCCCGGCUGAUGAUCUGACUGAGACCAAUCUCGAGCAAAUCCCUGACGUCUCCGCUCCUGCUCCUACGGCGACUGCUGCCAGCACCGUUGGCAGUGCUUUCGACCCGGCCGCGGCCGCCAAUGCCACUCCUUCACGUGUGACCUCUUCUGGUCUUCCGGGCAGUGCUAUGAAGCAGGGCACCCGUGCACCUGGCUUCCAGCGCCGCGUGAUGGAGCAGCAGCAAGCCGUGGUCAUGCCCGGCAACCACGCUGUGGACCGUGCGGUUGUGCAGUUCGGCAGCAUGGGAUUGAACGGCGAUGCCGUGGACAUUGAUGAGAACCGUGAGCAGGCCGAGACCCGCGCUCAACCCCCUCAGCACUCUCCUGUCGCUCCUCGAGCUUCCCUCCCACCUUCGAGCCAAGGUGUUCCCGAGGCCGGUGCUCCUCGUCCCGCCCCGGGUCUGCCCCCGGUUCCCCAGGCUUCCGCUGCCGAGUCUUUUACCGAGUUUGCGCGCUACGGCGAGCCCCAGAAGCCCUUCGACCCCUUCACCCAGCAGGUGAGCCAGCCUCAGCAGCAGAUCCAGGAACCCUUCGCCAACCAGACUCCUCAGCAGCCCACUGCCACCACUGGCGGCGACUUCUCUCCCUUCUACGCUGCUGACCAGCAGCGCUUCCCCUACAACUACUACGGCAACUACGGCCAGACCCAGGAUGCCGGUGCCGGUCCCCGGGCUGCUGGUGGCUUCGGCGUGUCCGCCGCUGAGGCUCAACCUCAGGUCCCCACCACGCAGCCUCCCAGCCGCUACGGUCCUGUCGAUGCCACUAACAGCGGCCACAACACCCCCAACCCGACUCUGCCUGGUGCUACCGCUACCCCGGCCGCUCAGCACAUGCCUGGCCAGAAUGCGCACGCCUACGGCUACGGCGGCUAUCCCUACUACUCCAACCCUCAGUAUGCUUCGUACAUGCAGCAGAUGAACCAGCAUAACUACGGCCGGAACCGUGGAAUGUAUGAUGACGCUCGUCGCUACGACCAGGAGCAGCAGCAGCAGCAGCAGCAGCAGCAGCAGCACUACGGCAUGCCCCAUGCCUCUCAGUACGGCUAUGGCGGUCAGCAGUACGGCCCCUACGGCGGCAAGGGUGGCAUGUACGGCCAGCCCCAAGGCUUCUAUGACCACUCUUCUCCCGCCAACGCCGGCAGCUUCAACCAGGGCGUGCCUGGUCGGGACUCUGUCUACGGCCGCACCGGUUCCGCCCAGCCCUCUGACAGCCAGCAGUCCGCUACUGGCACCAACGCCUUUAGCACUGGCAUGUCGGACGUCUUCGGUCGCUCUCAGGCUGGCUUCGGCCAGAAUCCUCCUGUCGCUGGUCAGCCCCCCGUGACCGCUGAGGAGACCAAGGGCUUCGAGGGUUCCAAGACUGGCGGCCCCAGCCCCUCUCUCGCUCAGAACCGCCCCGGCUCUGCCAGCAACAGCGUUCCUAGUCAGCCCCAAGCCCAGACCGGUCUGCCCCCGCUUCAGGGCCAGCAGGGCCAACAGGGCUUCGGAGCCUACCCCCAGCUGAACCCCCAGUACGGUGGCCUCAGCGGUCUCGGUAACCACCAGGGUGCGGCUUCGCAGACUCACCAGGCCUCUGGCUACGGUGGUUACGGCGCUGGCUUCAGCAACUACUACGGUGGUAACACCCGUGGCGGUUGGGGCAACAACUACACCCACUAA